AUGGGCCAUUGCUGCGGUAGGCUCUUUCUCCACCCGCUGCGCAGUCUGGACCAAACGAGCGAGAGUGCCAUUGUGAAGGAGAGGGAACUGUCCCUGGAGCUCGCCAGAAUCAGGGAUGAAGUGGCUUUCAGUGUUGCACGCUGGGAGCAUUUGCAGCAGGACAAGGAGGAGCUUGAACGCCGUUUUGAGAGCGAGCUGCGGGAUUUGCGGACGCAGCAACAGGGUGAGCUGGGGGCCCUGGAGGAGCAGCUGAGGGCCCAGCACACAAAGGAGACCAAACACUUGUAUGUCGAGCAACAGGCCGAGCUAGAGGAGCUACACACUAAGCAACAGGAUCAGAUUGAGGUCAUGAGUGAGAACCAUGAGGCUUCCUUGAUGGAAAUUGAGAUGGCUCACAAUGACACGUUGUCCACUCUGCAAGAGGAGCAUGCCCGGACUGUGAAAAAUCUUAAGAUGGCCCAUGAACAGCAGAGGAAAUCUCUGGAAGAGGAGUUUGAGAAGAUCAGACUGUCACUGCAGGAUCAGGUGGACACGCUGACGUUUCAAAAUCGUAGCCUGAGAGACCGUGCCAAGCGUUUUGAAGAAGCCCUACGCAGGAGCACUGAUGAGCAGAUAGUGGAUGCCCUGGCCCCGUAUCAGCACAUUGAAGAGGAUCUGAAAAGCCUGAAAGAGGUGCUGGAAAUGAAGAAUCAGCAAAUCCACCAACAGGAGGUCAAAAUCUCGGAACUGGAGAAAAUGGCCGAAAAGAACGUGUACCUGGAGGAGCGAGUCCAGAUAUUACAGCAGCAGAAUGAAGACCUGAAGGCCAGGAUAGACAAAAACCUCGCCGUAUCAAGACAACUGUCUGAGGAGAACGCCAACUUGCAAGUGAACGUGGAGAAGGAGAGCAAUGAGAAGAAACGCCUGAGUCGCACCAAUGAGGAGCUGCUGUGGCGUCUUCAGACAGGCGAGCUGAGCCCCCGCAUGACACCCAACUCUUCUCCCGUUCACCACGCCUCCCCCGGACCGGGUUCCCCUGCACGCCCGCGCUCCUACCAUCAAUGAGAGACCCUGAGAACUCUUGACACUCGUCUUUUGUCCAGCUCCUUGUUGUGUCCGACAAAUGUUGACAGUCAAGGCUUUAAAAAAAAACAAAAAUCUUUGGAAGAGCAGCUUUUCUGUACCCCCACAUUGAAUGUCCCUCUCUGUAAAACGAUGUAGAUGGAUCGAUGCCAACCAGUUUACUCACCUUUGAUAUAUGGGAAGUGCCAGUCACUCAUUUUGGCCACUUCCAAAAUCUAAUCUUAGGGAUUUUUUCUCUGACCUAAAGUAUUGUAUUAUUGAAC